AUGCCUAAGGAAACUGUGAGUGGUAAAACACCCAGGAGAAGUAAUAGUGGGAAAUCUAGUUUGAGGUCUGAAGAAACAAAGGAAGAGAAUGGUUUCAGGAAACAGUGGACUGAUGCUGUGAAAGGAGGUAAGGUCUCUAGGAACUAUAAGCAGGCACAGAGAAACACAGGCAUUGCCAGAAUCACCAUGAGUCCUGGCACAAGCAUAGUAAAAAAAAAAAAAAAAAAUCCUUACUCUUUCUAUCCUAAUAACUCACUUUCUACUGUCAGAGACCCCCAGUGCCUGGUCCCAACUAGAAGUUAA